GAGUGCAUUCCCAAGUCAUGUUAAGUUGUAUAUUCAGAAUGAUGCCGUGGCUGCUCUAGCAAGUGGCACGAUGGGAAAACUUCAUGGCUGUGUUUUAAUAGCUGGUACAGGAAGCAUUUCUUAUGGAUUUACUGACGAUGGAAGAGAAGCUCGGGCCGCGGGUGCAGGGCCUGUUUUGGGUGAUUGGGGGAGUGGCUAUGGGAUUGCUGCUCAAGCAUUGAUUGCAGUGAUGAGGGCUCAUGAUGGUCGAGGUCCACAAACAAUGCUUUCGAGUUGUAUUCUACAGUCACUAGGUCUUUCUUCUCCGGACGAACUAAUAGGGUGGACCUAUGCGGAUCCAUCUUGGGCUCGCAUUGCAGCACUUGUUCCAGUAGUUGUAUCCUGUGCAGAGGAUGGAGAUCAACUUGCAGACGAGAUCUUACAUAAUGCAGUUCAAGAAUUGGCUAUAAGUGUCAAAGCUGUUGUCCAAAGACUACGCUUGGCCGGGGAAGAUGGAAAAGGUUCCUUCCCUGUUGUUAUGGUUGGAGGCGUACUUGGAGCCAACAAUAAAUGGAAUAUAGGGAAUGAAGUCACUAAUUCUAUUUUAAAGACUUAUCCUGGAGCUUGUGUAAUUAGACCAAAGGUAGAGCCUGCAGUUGGAGCUGCUUUAUUGGCCUUAAAUUUCUUGAUGAAAGAAACAGUAGCUAAUGGCCAUAGUUGACACCUGAUUGUACAUAGCUAACUGUGUUAACUGUAUAAUCAUUGAAGUUCUCUUUAAUCGGUGGUUCCAAUUCUGGGAGGGCAUGUCCUUGGAUCAUGGUACUGUACUUGCCUUCUCUUUCCAUUGCAUAUGCAGACUGCUAAAAAUGAUCUGUUAUUCAAAUGAACGUUGCACCAACUUGUUGUAACAUAUCUUUGUUUCCUAAGUUGGGCAGUCUUUUGGUGCUGGAGGAGAGGGAAGGAGAUUGUUUGGUCAUAGUUGCAUUUGUAUUGCUGAUGGUUAUAUAGAAUUCAUAACUGAUCAGUAUGUUAUGUAAUCUCUUUUAUAGCAUUCUCUGUUGAGAUAAAUCCA